AUGUACAGUUGUACUAUCCUUCUUCUGGGAUCUAUAAUUCUCACCGUCUUUGCCGCCCCAGUACCUUUGGAUGCUGGUCUAGUAAAGAAAGACUUCGCUGUCAAGCCUCGAAGUGGCUUGUCGGUAACACACAUGAUCCAGGAUCUCAUGGAGCGUUCAACGGUCGUCAAGACUGCGCAGUCAAAAACAGAUUACGAUGUCGUGUCCGAAAUCAACCAUGAAGGAGAAGAAAAGGCAGAGUCAGAGUUCGAUACGGUUAAGGUGCUGAAUGAAAGAGGCAUUAUUCGCACCUUCGGGGGCAACAAGAGAGGAAUAACGCGACCCUCCGGAGGCAGCAAGAGGGGGAUAACACGACCCUCCGGAGGCAGCAAGAGGGGAAUAACACGACCCUCCGGAGGCAGCAAGAGGGGAAUAACACGACCCUCCGGAGGCAGCAAGAGAGAUUUGACUGAAUGA